UCUACCGGCAGUUUCUGGGGGAGAGAAGCUUUCUAUCCAUCGCAAAGGUUUACUUUUCCCCUGGGAGAUGUUUGUAAUAGAAAGGGCUCAGCUGGGGUCUCUGUCAGCUUCUCCUGUUCCUCUGGUGUUUGGUGGAGUUGACAACGGACAAGGAUAAAAUGAGCUGGUCGUCUCAGGAUCAUGGAGAACCUGGAAUCAAGGCUCAAGAAUGCCCUCUAUUUUCGCUGUGAGAGGGGAAGCGAUUUUGUCCCCGUGUGCCAAAAGUGUGAAACGUGUGUCUUGGCUUGGAAGGUCUUCUCUACCAAAGAGUGGUUCCGAAGGAUUGGGGAGAUGUCCCAGAGGAGGUUUCUAGUUAGCAUCCUGGAGCAGUUAGACAGCCUGUAUUUGUUACACUAUUUUCAAAACAUCCUUCAGGCCACACAGGGGAAGGAUUUCAUCUGUAACAGGUCCCGGAUCAACCUCAACAAGAAGGAGGGAAAAAUCGUGAAGUCCUCCCUGAACCAAAUGUUGGAUAAAACAGUAGAAGAGAAGAUGAGGGAGAUUUUGUGCUGGUUUGGGAACAGCACCCACCGGACUAAGGCCAAUUACACACUCCUGCUGCUUCAGAUGUGUGACCCCAAGUUACUGCUUGCUGCUGCCGAUGUCAUCAGAGUCCUGUUUCUGAGAGAGCAGAACAACAUCUCAGGCCUCAAUCAAGACUUCAACAAUGUGCUUUUCUUCCCCGAGAAAGACCACAACCUCCAGUCUGAGACCUCGCGUGUCUACUGGACAGCCAGAACCAGGCACACAUCCUUCCCUUUGUCCAAAGCUUCAGGGAAAAAAAGCUCGCCUGAAAAUGUGGUGGGAGGUGCAACUAAGACUGGACAAUGGAAGAAUUCCAUCCAGUUUAUUUCCGAGAUGAAUAGGCUGUUUUCUGGAAAAGCAGACAUGCCCAAGGCAGAGUGCGCCUCCGCCGAUCUGUUGGUUGACCUGGAUGCUGUCAGAGACCUGUGUUCUGGGGUCAGCAAAUAUCGGGACUUCAUCCGUCACCUGCCCAUCCAUCUCUCCAAGUAUAUUCUAAGUCUAUCUUUUUUUUUUUCAGGUAUACUGGAUAAAAACACCUUAAACAGGUGUGCUUCUGUGAGCCAGCACUGGGCUGCACUGGUACAGCAGGUCAAGAUGGACCUGUCGAUGCACACGUUCAUUCAGAACCAGAUUACGUUCUUGCAGGGGUCCUACACAAAGGGAAUAGAUCCUAAUUAUGCCAACAAAGUUUCUAUCCCGGUUCCUAAAGAGGCAGAAGAUGGAAAGCGCACGCGUGUGAAAAAUCCAAAAUUGAAACUGAGAACAAAGAAUGACUACAACCUGUGGGCUGCAUACCAGAACCAGGAAACCCAGCAGGUCCUGAUGGAGGAGAGAAAUGUCUUCUGUGGAACUUACAAUAUCCGUAUUCUCUCUGACACGUGGGACCGAAGCAGAGUCAUUCACUAUUCUGGGAGAGAUUUGGUAGCUGUGUCAUCCAAUCGGAAGAUCCACCUUCUGGACAUCAUACAAGUAAAGGAGAUGCCCGUUGAGUUCCGAGGCCAUGCUGGGAGUAUCCACGCCCUCUUCUUGUGUGAGGAGGAAAACUUUCUUCUGAGCGGGAGUUAUGACCUGAGCAUCCGAUACUGGGAUCUGAAAAGUGGGGCUUGCCUACGAAUCUUCAAUGGUCACCAGGGGACAAUCACUUGCAUAGAUUUAUAUAAGAACAGGCUCGUAUCUGGAGCAAGAGAUUGCCAGGUGAAAGAGUGGGAUGUAGAGACAGGGAAAUGCCUAAAGACAUUUAAACACAAAGACCCCAUCUUGGCCAUCAAGAUCAAUGACACCUACAUCGUGAGCAGCUGUGAGCGAGGGGUAGUCAAAGUGUGGCAUGCUGUCACUGCCCAGCCGAUAAAGACUCUCAAUGGCCAUGAGGGAGCUGUGAAAUGUCUCUUCUUUGACGACUGGCAUCUCCUCUCGGGAAGUACUGAUGGCCUGGUCAUGGCCUGGAGCAUGGUGGGAAAAUAUGAGCGAUGCCUCAUGGCCUUCAAACAUCCAAAGGAGGUGCUCCAUGUGGCCCUUCUCUUCCUCCGGGUCAUCAGUGCCUGUGCAGAUGGCAAGAUCCGCAUUUACAAUUUCCUAAAUGGGAACUGUCUGAAGGUGAUGAAAGCCAAUGGCAGAGGUGAUCCUGUGCUGUCCUUCUUUAUUCAGGGCAACAGGAUGGUGAUCAACACGGAAAGCAACAUUCUCCUGUUCCAGUUUGAGCAUGUAAAGUGGCAGUACUCCCUUGAACGAGCCAAACAAAAGAAGAACAAGGAUAAAGAGGAAGACAGGGAAGAAAAUGGCUUCACAGACGUUCCCUCCAGGUCUAGCACUCAGGUUUACAGCCUGAAGGACUCCGUGUCCAGUAAACAAAUCGUGGCCCAGGAGUCCCUCACAAGUAAACCUCACAGGUCCCGCGUUCUCCUGAGGGCAGCCAAGUUACCUACAGCAGUUUUAACAGAGGCAUCUCAAAGUCAAGGAAAGCCAAAAUCAGCCCGAGGAGAUGGCAAGAAGAGAGCAAGUCCUGCUUCCGAGGAAGCAAACAGCACGGAUGGUGGGCAAGAGACUUUGGAAGCAAAAUCUCCUCCAGGAGAUAAUGUGGAGAAAGUACAAAAACAAGGACAACUGAAAGCUCCUGCAGACUUGAUAAAUUACCCAAAGAAAAAGUCCUGGCCCAUCCCUAUGUCGCCCGACCGGUUCCUCCUGACAGUUAACGCCCUACAACAAGCCCAUAAUUCAGGGGAGUUUGCCUAUCCCCGGAGGCCCCAAACCCAAAUCAUUGAUGCCUGGGGACCUUCAAUUUCACACCCAAGAAAGGUCCUGAGUUUCAAAGGAAAAUCAGUCCAACAAGCAGUUGAUCGGCUGAGAUUCAGCAACCCUCCCAUAGAUGUGAAACGAACUAAUAUUCCCCUUGAAAUCCAGAAACUGCAGCCCAACCUGAAGAACUCUUUGCACAGUCCCAGAGUGCAGUCCACCAUACCCCAGCCCAUGAUUAUCCGUUCCAGAUUCACUGGCAGGCUAAAGGGUGAAGACCAAGCGACCAGUUUGGUUGAUGGGACAGUGCACAGCUUUCGUCCCUUAACUAGUAUGCAGGUCAUUAAACCGAACUGCAUGCUGGCUUCACCAGUGGGCAUGACAACCCAGUCUGUCAAGAAAGAAAGGCCUCGCUUCUGCACAACCCUCAAUCCCUUUAGAGUGAACACUGAGUUCAUGUUGUUGACUGUGAAGGAGGAGAAAGAGCACAGGGAAGCCAAGAUGAAGGAGUACCAGGCCAGAACGCCCACUGAAGUGGUCAAUCUAGAAAAAGCCAGUAAAGCUGCAUGGAUCAGGAAGAUCAAAGGCCUGCCUAUAGAUAAUUUCAUGAAGCAAGGGAAAACAGCAGCCCCUGAACUUGGACAAAACAUAUUUAUCUGAACCAGCCCUGGGAAAUUACAAUGUCACACAGUAAACAGGAUACCAAGUGGA